AUGGUUCUACUGGCAAGUGGUAUCUCAACAGUGGUAACAACUCUGCAAAAUACGUUCAAAGGUUCGUUUUCUAAAUUUGUAUCCCGGUUUUCUAUUUCCGUUUAGUUGUAAUAUAUGUUUGUAAUAUGUAAAUGUUUUAUUAAUAUGAGCAACUGUCACAUAUAUCUAUGAGAUUUUAUUUGAAAAAAAAACUUUUAUAUAUUCCAGGGCUUCUUCCUCUGUUCAUUUUGGCAGUUUACACCAUUAUUGGCGCAUUAUUAUUCCGAGAAAUUGAGGGACCUCAUGAACAACAAUUACUUCAUGAUCAACAAGUCGAAAGAGCUGAACACCUCAAGGUUUUUUCUAUUCGAUAAAUAAUUUCGGCUUUACCAAAAAAAAAUUUCUAGAGAUAUGUAUACCUGAUAAACCGACUUCAAAUCCGGAAAGAACGUGAAAAAAUUAGCGCUAUGGAGGAAUUCAACAGAACUGCCAAAAUUUUGACCGAUUUUCAAACAACUCUUGGUGUUUUACCGGUGAGCAGAUUUUUAUUUUGAUUGCGAAAACAGUGAUAUGAAAAAUCUUGAAUUAUUUCAGCCAGAUCCGGAAAAUGAUAUUCAUUGGUCAUUCCUUGGAUCAUUGUUUUAUUGUAUGACUGUUUAUACAACUAUUGGUAAGUGUUUUGGGAAUUUCAGAAUUUUCUUUUUGAGCACAUCAAUCAUAUUUAUAAUUCCCUGCCUCAGAAUUGAUAUCAAAGUACACCCACGUUUCGAUCUUAAUGUCAGCUCAAACUUGAAUGAAAUCAUUGUAACUUCUAUUUUUCACGUCACUAAAACAAUAAUCUCCAAAUACCCCAAUGACGAAUCAUUCCAACGAAAUUAUUACAAUAGUUAUGUGAUCUACGCAUUUUUAUUCUGCAAAAAUUUUCAAACAAAAUAUAUUUCUGAAAAUUGUCAUCAUAACGAGUUAGUUUUUGAUCUGGAUUUAUUGAAAGUAAUAAUAUCAUUAUAGGAAUUAAUCAUAAAAAUAAAAUUUGACAUUUCCAUAAUUUCAAAAAAAAGAGGGGGUGAUUACGGUAGAUGUAGUGGAUAUAUAUUAAAAAUAGAAAUAUAAGAACGAGUAAACGAGUAGAAAAGUUUUGAAAUUAAUAUAGGUUAUUUGGACAGUUGAAAAAAUCAAUAAUAGUAGGUUUAGGGAUUGCAAUUUCACAUUGGACCUCACUUUUAAAAAGGUUGUGCAAAAUAUAACUAACAUUUCUUCAAAAACAUAAAAACUCAUUUGUUAAUUAGUUGGUUCCUUAUUCCACUCGAUUUCCAAACGAGCAAAAUGAGCAUCAAAAGUUUCUCUCUGUGACAUUGCCAUUCCAUCGAUGUUCUUCGGAGCUUCUUGUUUUUGUGAAUUAAUAAAUAAUACUUUUCGAACUCUCUUAUGUCGAACAACAAUUCCCACUACAAUCGCAAUAUCAUAUAAAUCCAAACUUAUGUUGAAAGUUGAAAAAGAGACUUUCAAAGCUUCUUCCGAGAAAAAACUGUCAACUCGAAUGACAGAAAGAAUAUAAAUGACUGAAAGAGCUCGGAUAAUUUUGGCAAUCAUGAAGCUUGGGAUCAAACUUUUUCCCCAAAUUAAAAUUUGAGAUAAUUGAAAACGGUGCUCAAGGUCAUAUUCCAAUCUUGCUUUGUAUUUUUUCACUGAAAAUUUGUGAAGUCCGAUCAUUGUAAUAAAAUUGAAAGUGUCGAAAAACAAGACAUAUUCAAAACCGACAUUUGCGUACCAAAUAACUUUUUCUAAAAAAUGAAAUUUUUUUUUUGAAAAACAUUUUAAAAAUUACCACGGAGAGCCAUGAGACUCGUGAUAGUUAUCGGAACUCCAAUCAUGAGAAUGAGAAGAACAAAGAAAAUGAAACAGGAAAUGCAUUUUCGUUUGUAGAAGAUGAUCGUUGAGAAUUGGACGAGGGUAAAAAACAUGGAGGCAGUUGAUUGUAGGUAGUAGCCAAAAAUGUGACAGUAGACAGAAAAACGGAAGACUGGAAAUAUUGAAUUGUGAACUACGUAGGCUUUUUUUAAGGCAUUUUUUAUUUUGAAAACUCACGUUUAUUAUUCAUGUAAACCUCAUCGAAUGCAAAUUCGUCUUUGGAAAGUAUGGUGAAAAGUUUGAAAAAGUGUCCAACAUUUAGACAAAGUGAAGACAAGAAGAUUGCAAAUAAAGCAAUUCUGAAUUGGAUUAUUCAUGUUUAUAUUUCCUUUUCUUUUUGCUGAACUCACCUUCCUUGUAGAUUGAUUCCAGUUGAGCUGAAGGCAAUGAUCAAAAAUACAGUGAGCGACAUAACCGAUACAAUGCAAAUGAUAAGCUCGAGGUAUAAAAACAUAAUGCUCCACAACAUUUUUGAAUGAGUAAAAUUAGUGUGAGAGAGAGAAAGAGCUCACCAAUUUAUAUCAACCAAGUUAGUAAAAUAACAAAUGAUGAUUAUACAUAGUUAAGCCUGAAAAAAAAAUGAUUAGUAUAAACCUCUGGGGAAUGUUAUUAAUCAAGAUCUUUUAGGAUAUGGAAAUAUUGUGCCAGUCACCGUGUCAGGAAGGGUUUUGACUAUAAUUUAUGCGUUUAUUGGAAUCCCACUCACAGUCAUCUGCCUAUUUUGUUUGGGUUCUCUUUUUGCAAGAGGAUGCAAACUUUUAUGGAAGUUGUUCUUAAAAUCUACCAAAGUUGUGAGCAAGGAUUUGGAGAAAAAGGUGGAGCAAAUAAAAACAACAAGACAUUUGAAAAUGGAAUUUAUUUCAGAUCUCUAGCGCCGCAAAUAAUAUUGAAGAAGGAACUAAUGCGAUAACAUCAGCUCCAGAAGCUGACGAUGAUUCGGAUUUAUUAGCAUUCCCUAUUUCUGGACUUAUUUUUAUCACUGUACUUUGGGUUUUGAUUUGUGCAAUUAUUUUCACCUUCUUGGAAGAUUGGGAUUUCGGAACAUCACUUUAUUUCACACUUAUUUCAUUCACAACUAUUGGAUUUGGUGAUGUGCUUCCAUCUGAUUAUGAUUAUAUGAUUAUUGUUGGAAUUUUGUUAUUGAUUGGAUUGUCGUUGGUGUCGACAGUUAUGACUUUGAUUCAACAACAAAUUGAAGCUUUGGCGUCGGUAAGUGAAUUGUUUAAAAAAUAAAAUUUGAUUUAAAAAAUUGAUGAAAAACAAAUAAAACUAAAAUUUCAGGGAGUCAAAGACAACAUUGACACAGAAUAUGCUCGCGCUCUUGACGAAGCAAAAGAGGAUGGAGAAAUUGAAGAAGAUGUGGAUCCUGAACAAGAUCCAGAAAAAAAUAAAAAAUCAUUUGACGCAGUUCUAUCUCGAAUGGACUGGAAGAAACGCGCUCUCUAUUAUGCUAUGCCGGAAAAACAGAAAAAACAAUUGCAACAACAUUCGGAUAAAGCAAUGAGUAGAAAAAGUGUAAAAUGCCAAACUGAUAAUGAUAUGCUCGAAGUAAGUCUGAAUAAAAAUAGCUUUUUUUAUUCACUACAGAAAUUUUGGAAUUUUCGGAUAAUUAUAGUAUUGCAAAACUUUGAUCUGGUGUUUGUUAUUAGUCUGCUAGAGUAUAAUAACGUUGCAUGAUAAAAUUAUGAGAAAUUGAAAAUCAAAACUACAAUACAUAAUUAUGGAUGAUCUUUGGUGAACUGCAAUUUUGCAGAGAUGUCUGAUUCACAAAUAUAAAUGUUAUAACGUUACUACUGUACCUGCAUUUUUAGGUACAUUUCGAAACUAGAUCAUUAAUCGAAGAUUUAUUUUAAUUUUAUUUUCAGCAUAGAACUUUUAACCAUAAAAUCAUUCACUAUUUUUUUUUCAUAAUAAUCACAAAGAUUUUCCGUUGAUAAAUUAUAUUCUAAAGUUGUUCAAUCAGAUUUUUGAAUAAACCGUAUUCUCCACGUCACAAAAUUAUCACCUCAGUUAGCAUGUAGCACUUAUAUAUUUUCAGACUCUCAUUCGUGAAGAAAUUUUGAAAGCUGAGCUCAACAACGAAAUGCACAAAUACACCGCACCUCGCCAAUCCACACAACAACCAAGAUUAGUCUAUUCAGAUGUUCGUGAAAAAGAAAUUCCAAUUGAAGUUGUUCGAGUCGAUCAUUUGAAGAACGAUGUGCAAGAGCAUGAUGUCUAA